AUCGUCAAAGCUAUACAAGUAUUACGAAUACAUUUAUUGGAAUUACAUAAAGUAAAUGAAUUAUGUAAAGAUUUCUGUUCCCGGUAUAUUUACAGUUUAAAAUCAAAAUUUCAAUCAGAUCCACUUAUUCAUGAUUCACAACCAUCUUCUCCUGGAGAAUCUGAAGCUGUUUCUCCAGUUGCACCGGGUUGUUACAAUCCUCGUUAUCCUCAUCAUCACCAUCAUCAUAUGCUAGGACCAAAUUUAUCCUGUCAUCCUGGACCAACGGAUAUGAUUCCACCAGGAUAUCAACGUCAUUUAUCCAGUCGACUAGAUGAUGAAUCUUUAUGUGGUUCAUCUGAUGUAGAAAAUCUCCGUUCAGAUUGUUUACAUUCCAAUUCACUUCCCAAUAUUCGCACAGGUUAUGAUAUGAAUGGAUCAUGUUAUACACCAAAUUUUCAUAUGGCUAAUUAUAAUUCACCUUAUUUUAUGGAUAAAUCUAUUGUUCAAGAUGGUUCAGUUUCAUGUGAUGAGUCACUAUCCCAGCUGCAUUCAUUUCUUUCACCAUAUGGAUCAACUGCUUUAAACAGUGCAGCAUUUCAUGCUAGUUUGGAUGGAUUAUGUGUCGGUGGAAAACAAAAACGUGGUGUACUUCCUAAACGUGCAACUCAAAUUAUGAAACAAUGGCUAUUUCAACAUCUUGUAGUAAGUCAAUGAUUAGAUUUGGAACUCUAAACUAUUAAAUUUCACACUUUAAUAAAUUAAAAGAAAAAAAAAUCAUAAUUUUAACAAAAAUUGGUGCCAACUAUUGUAUUGUAG